AUGGAACGAAAAAAAGUUAUUAGCAAUGUUCAACAAGUAACGAUGAAUAACAAGGAAUUUCAACACUUAAAAAAUAUCCCAGAGUUCUCGUCGUUUGAACACCAAAAAGAAAAUAUAUUACCAGUAAAACAAGGUAGAAGUGCAGCUGCUUUAUCUCAAAUAUUUUCAAGUGAGCCUUCUGCACUUUAUACGGAACUUCAAGCUGGUCAUGAUAAAUUUAAUGCGGAACUUGAAAAUCUUGAUGAGCUUGACGAUCCUUUUGAUGUUUACGAUCGUUACAUAAAAUGGACAAUGGAGAACUAUCCGCAGGCGUCUGGUCCUCAUUCAAAAGUAUGUCAACUUCUGGAGCGCGCAUCAAAUAGUUUUAUAAAUGAUGCGCGAUAUAAAAAUGAUCCUAGAUAUUUGAGAUGUUGGUUACAGUAUUCUAAACAUGUUAGAAGACUUAAGGAACAUUUUGCGUUUUUAAAAUCUAAUGGAAUUGGAUUAGAUUUGGCCACUUAUUAUGAGGAAUAUGCUGAACUAAUGGAAGAGAUGAAAUGCUUUAAAGAAGCGAAUGAAAUUUUUGAAACCGGAAUAAGUCGAAGGGCACAACCACUUGGACGUCUGAAUAAGCGUUACAAGCAAUUUCUAACACGAAUGGAGUCAAAUGGCGUAAACUUUAAUACUACAGUAACACAAUUAAAUCUAAAUCCACGACGAACUAUUCUUGGUUCUAAAUCUUCAGCAUCCUCCACCCAAUCACAACCAAUGAAUGUUUUUCAUCAAAGGAAUCCAAUUUCACACGUUGUUUCCGAUGUUGGGAGUACAAAUGUUAUUUCCAAUAAUAACAAUAAUAAUGGAAAGUUGGAUAUUUUUUAUGACCCUUACGGCGAAGUAGGAAAUGCUGCAAUAACAUCCACAGAUAGUGGUACUUCAACAUGGAAUAAUUAUGGAACAUACUUGACUAGGAAAAAAGAAGAUAUUCGAGAAGCUGAACAAUGGAGAGGUGUGACCUUGCCUCAAAAUAAAAAGGUUUACACGCCGAUGGUUGCUAAGCUUGAAGUUUAUCGCGAUAAGUCUGUUGAACAUGAUUCAACAAAUAUUCGCCAAUGCAACGAACAAAUUAAUAAAAAAGAAACGACAUUUCAAGAGAAAAGACCAAAACAGGUUAAACGAUAUGAACUGGGACAGAAAGAAAGAUGGAGCAUAAAAAUUAAUGAUUUUUAUGAUGAAAAUGACGAUGAAAUUUCCUUUGAAGAGAAGAGAGCUAAGGCCUUGGAAUUACUAGAAGUAAAAUUAAGUGAAAUUGUUGAAGACAAGUUUGAGCCUCAAGAGAAAAAUACAAAUGAUAAAAAAAAGAUUACAUUGCAAAGCUGUAAUAUAGAAAACACACCAGAAGCAAAACAUUACGUACUAGAGACUAAGUCACCAGUGCUUGAGCAGAUCCCAAUAAUUCAGCCAAGUAAAACAGAAUGUAAUGAUAUUGAAGAAUACAAUAUACCAGUUCACAAAAUAAAUCGAUUAUGUAAGUUUAAGUUUUUAUUGAUUUCUAUUUAUGCAUCUGACAAUACGCUUACAUUCGUACAAAAAUUAGCGUCGGAUAUGAAUACAAUUGUCAAAAAACCAUCUCCGACUAUAUGCACAAAGGCUGCCCUAUCAGACAUAAUAGGGAUGUUUACAUUUACUCAACCAUCAAAGGAUAUUCGAAAUCAUAAUAUUGAUGAUGAAAAUGUCGCUCCAAAUACUAAUGUUGUUCAUCAGCAAUCAGCGAAUAGUAAUCAUAGUCAAAAACCAUCAAAAAUUUCGCAAAUUGAUGGGCGUGAGACAGAUGAUCAAAAAAAUAAUGAAAAUAGUCGUGGUAAUAAAUCGAAGAAUUUUGAUACUGUUACGCCAAUAAAAGAAACAAGGCGUGAAUAUAUGUUAAUUACCACCCCAUCACGUGAGUUAGAACAGCAUGCUAUCACUGAAGUAAGACCUUCUACGAACGAAUCAGGAUUCGGCGAUACUAGGGCUGAUUCGGUGUCUCCAAUAGAAUGUAUAGAAGAAGACUCUUUGGAAUCACCAACUUUUACGCAACUUUCUAAUCCAUGUAAUCCACUUGACCGUAAGGUCAUUGAACAAAUUUUGGUUGCCAUUCGACCUCCCGUAAAUCGGUAUAAAGGAUUUUAUGAUGCUCAGUUACAGACUUUCAAUCAUGGAUCAAAGAUAGAAGAAAUUGCGCGCUCUUGGAAUGUACAAAGUCGGCGAGGUACAAGUAUCUUGAUAAACGGUGAUAAGCCUGUCAUAUUCUUUAAUGAUUCAUUCCUUAUAAAUCAAAAAAUUGACGAAGGUGGAUACGGGAAAAUCUAUCGUGUACUGGAUACAAAUGAUUUUGCAGACGAUCAGGAUGAAAAGAAAUCGUCACGUGCAUUAAAAAUCGAAACACCUUCAAGUGCCUGGGAAUUUUACAUUAUACGACAAUUACAAGAAAGGAUUAUCUCUCCAACUAUUGACUCUAUUAUUUCCGUAUAUUCUUUGUAUUGUUACAAGGACGAAAGUUAUAUGGUGAUGGAAUUUUGUCACCAAGGGACGAUUUUGGAUGCUAUUAAUAAAGCUAAAAAGGAUAACUCGCAAUUGGAUGAACUUUUGGUAUUCUUCUUUACAAUAGAAUUAUUGAAAACAAUGGAAUCGAUUCACCAGGCCGGAAUAAUACAUGGUGAUAUCAAAGCAGAUAAUUGUAUUUUGAGGUUGGAACCAACAGUAGAAUGGGGAUCAAGAUAUGAUCCAUCUGGAGCGAAUGGAUGGUCAAAGAAAGGAAUUAAAUUGAUUGAUUUUGGGCGUUCUAUUGACGUGACAUUAUUCCCUAAUGAUAUGAAAUUCAUAGCCGAGUGGGUGACUGACGAUCAAGAUUGCGUUGAAAUGCGUGAGGGUAGGCCUUGGAAAUGGCAAGCUGACUAUUAUGGGCUGGCAGGAGUUGUACAUUGUAUGCUACAUAAUCAAUAUAUGCAAAUUACUCCAAUACUAGCAGAGUCGAAUAAUUUGAUGUCCGGACCAGCAACAAUGGCGUUGAAAAGAUAUAAACCAAUACUUUCAUUUAAGCGAUACUGGCAAGGAGAACUUUGGCAAAAGUUAUUUGAUUUGCUUUUGAAUCCUUUAUUAGCGAAAAAGGAUGGACAAAUGCCAAUUACGCAAGAAUUGAAAAAUAUUCGUGAGGAAUUUGAACAGUAUUUAAUACAAAAUUGUGAAAAGAACGGAAAAAGUUUAAAAGGAUUAUUGAAAAAAUUAGAAGUGUCUUGA